GCCCUGCCUCAUCCCCGCAGCGGGGCGGGCACGGUCCGGCAGCCAAAUCCCGGUCAGCUGAGAAGUUCAGGCGGGCUCGAGGAGGUGGCGAGCGGAGCUGAGCUCCGGGAGGCAGGAGGGAGGGAUGGCGCCCAGGCACACGGAAAUCUAAUUCAGCCCAUGCUCAGAAUGGAGCACCAGCCCCUGCUCAGAGGGUCUAGCUCGCCCUGCAAGCUCCCCAGCUGGACGUUGUUCCUGGCUGUUUGUGCUGUUGGAAUUGGAGGGACCUUUCAGUACGGGUAUAAUGUCUCUAUUAUCAAUGCACCCACACAGCAUAUACACAAGUUCUUAAACGAAACCUGGAGUAGUCGUUAUCACAAGGAACUAAAUCCAGAUUUGCUGACUUUUCUUUGGUCUGUCAUUGCUUCUAUCUUUUCCCUUGGAGGCCUGUGUGGAGCCCUGAUUGGAGGCAGCAUGGCGAUACGGCUGGGCAGGAAAGGAGCUCUUUUGAUGAAUAAUGUUAUAGCAAUUCUAGCCUCCAUUUUAAUGGGGAUCAGUUUCCCUACAGGAUUGUUUGAGUUACUGAUUGCUGGAAGGUUUUUGAUUGGCAUAAAUUCAGGUAUUGGGCUCUGUGUGCAGCCUCUUUAUAUUGGGGAGUUUGCCCCAAAACACUUAAGAGGUGGCUUGGCCAUGGGGACUUCCAUCUUUCUGACUGGGGGAAUUCUGACAGGUCAAAUAAUUGGUUUGAGAGAAUUAUUAGGUGGAGAAAAGCAUUGGCCUCUGUUGCUAUCCAGCAGCUGUAUUCCAGCAUUAGCCCAACUUUUAUUCCUUCCAUGGUUUCCUGAAAGUCCCAGAUAUCUUCUUAUUGACAGAGGUGAUGAGCUGAGCUGUGCCAAAGCUUUGAAACGAUUUCAUGGCUCCUCAGAGUAUCGAAGGGAGAUGGAAGACAUCCAGCGGGAAUGUUUUGCCUUAGAUGGGGAGAAACCCAAGAAGCCCUGGCAAUUAUUCACUGACCGUGGUGUGAGGUGGCAGCUCAUCACUGUCAUUGUGAUGACAAUGGGCCAACAGCUCAGUGGCAUUAAUGCUAUUUAUUUCUACGCAACUUACGUUUUUGAACAAGCUGGGAUCUUGGCAGAAAAAAUCCCGUAUGUGACACUGGGCACUGGAGUUUGUGAAUGUGUCACAGCGCUCUCCUGUGGUUUGCUGAUAGACUAUGUGGGAAGAAGAUACCUUAUCAUUGGGGGUUAUCUCCUCAUGACGCUCUGGUGCACUGUUCUGACCUUCUCUCUGACUUAUCAGGAGCUGUACUCCUGGGUGCCUUACAUGAGCAUGACAUGUGUAUUUGCCUUCAUCUUGAGCUUUGGGCUGGGCCCAGGUGGCAUAACAAACACCCUGACAGCUGAGUUAUUUGUACAGUCCUCACGUCCUGCUGCCUACAUGAUUGCAGGGACUGUGAGUUGGAUUAGUUUCUUCACAGUUGGGAUGCUCUUUCCCUUCAUAGUGAAUGGACUGAAGCAGUAUUGUUUUGUGGUGUUCUUACUGGAGUGCUUCUUUGUUGCUGCUUUCAUCUUUCUCAUAAUUCCUGAGACAAAAAACAAAUCUUUUCUGGAGAUCAAAAAGGAAUUUCACAAACUCAAUUAUGGAAGAAAUGCCAGGAAAAAGGAAACGGAGCUUUAUGAAAGAAGACAACUUCGAGAUGAAUUUUUAAAGAUUUCUGCAUAAUUUCACAAAUGCAACAGAACUUCAGUGAGAAUAAUGAACAUAGUCGUCUAAAUUAGGAGUGUAAUACAUGAUCAAGUGGCUUAUUAAAUCUUCCUGUGUAUUUAGAGGAAGUGUAACUAAAGGCAAGUUAGUAUUGCUGAAGUACUAUUAACAAUAUACUGUGUUAUCCACAGAGAACUUGAUGUUUAGCUGUAACCUGGUGCUGUACAGAUGCAUAAAUGCCAGGGAGGAUGUUCAGUGAGCCUUUCUGGCAGAUUUCUGCAGAUAAUUCAGACUCCAAAGCCCUGUCUUCAGUUUGGAUCAUUUGGUGCAUCCAAAUGCUUUGCUGAGUGUAACAUUCAGAGUUCUUGUUAAAACCUACAUGAGAACUGAGAACUGAUAUUUGAAAUAUCCCAGUUUAUGCAGGAAGCGGGGUAUUUAGUUUCUGUUUUUCCAAUUAUGUAACCUGGAAAGCCUUAAAGACAUUCCUCAUCCAGUCCUAUUACUGUACUGUACAAUGCAAAUAC